UCAUGCUCAUGAUCACCGUGAUUUAUCUCAAGUAGAUGUAAAAUUAUGGACACAUAUAAUUUUUAUGUUUAUAGCUUUUGCUUUAAUAUUUCCUAUAGGAAUGGUGCUGGGCUUAAGUAAAUCCAAAUGGCACGUACCGGUACAAUCGUUAGGAGCAAUUAUAGGAACCAUGGGAUAUUUUCUUGGUCAUUCACAUGGAGGAAAAGAAUUUAGGAUUCAUUCAUCAUUUGCAUCAAUAGUAGUCUUUUUAUUUCUAGCUCAAAUCGGUGCUGGAAUAUAUUUAAAGUUACAUCGUAUUAUUAUAGGAAAAAAUCAUAAUCUCAAUAAUAAACAUUUUGCAAGAUCAAUAAUACAAAAAAUUCAUAGCAUUAUUGGAAUAACUUUUCCAAUCACCAGUUAUAUACAAAUCAUAUUUGGCAUUAUAACUUUGUCUGGUUGGUGUGAAGAUGAUCAUACGGGUCAAUGCCUUGCUCAUUUUAUCAUGGGGUCUUCAUUUAUAGGAUAUGGAAUAAUAAUAAUUAUUAUGUUGAAAUUAGGUAGUGAAUGGCUCCAGAAAAAUAAUAAAUCUCCAGAAUUUUAUGAUAGUAUUGUUAUGUUGAUAUGGGGAUUCGUAAAUACUUGGACUGAACAUAGAUGGAAUACGCCCUGGUCACAUAAAGAUCUUCAACAUACAGCAUUAGGAAUAAUUUGGUGGGUAGGUGGAUUGGCUGGUUUGUAUUUCACAAGAAAUGGUAAAAGAAACAUAUUUCCAGCUCUCAUCAUCAUAUCUACAGGCUUUGCAAUGAGCGCACAUCAACAAUCAUCGGAGGUUUCAACAGUUAUUCAUGCUACAUUUGGUUUUACUCUAGUUUCUGCUGGUUUAACAAGAAUAAUUGAAAUUUGUUUUUUCGAAAACAUCUAUAAAAAUAAAAAAUCAUUAAAUAAUCCGUUUUUAAUUCUUCCGCCUUAUGUAACGAAUGAAGAACAAAUAUAUAUUCUAGUUUCAUUAAAUAUUGAUCCUUAUUCAUACAUUCUAGUUCUAACAUCAAUAUCAUUUUUAAUAUUUCUUUUCGUAAAUCUUUUGAUCGACUUGUACGUAAGAAUCAUCAAUUACAAAAAUAUCGAAAAUGGAAGUAUUGGUGUAUAUCAAGAAUUGAAUGAAUUGGAAAUUUUAUCAUCAUCAUCAUAUCGUAUAACACCGAAUAGUGAUAAUGAUUUGAGAAAAGACGAUGGUAAUGGUGAUGAUGUCGAGAAAAUUUCUUUUGAAGUUGAUAAUUUGUUACCUGAUAAAAAUAGAUAUUUCUGA